CACAUGGCCUGCGUUGUCCACAGCGACCUAACAUCCGUCGAAGAAUCGUCGCAUUGGCUGGAGCGCCACAUUGUAUCUCCUCCAUCGUGCAUCAAUGCGAUCUAUCCGACUUGCCUCAUAAUUCCGAAAAGUAAGUUCGGUGCAACCAGCUCCAGCCGAUGCUCUCCAGGUCCUUGUUGCUUGGUAGUGCAAGAUCACCGAACACUGGGGUUCGCAUUGCAUGCAGCUCCGUCAAUCUGCAUAAACAGUGGACUUCGGAGUCGCCGCUGGAAUUACUCAUGCAUUCAUGAGUCAUGAUCGGUAUUGACUGUGUUGAAUUGAAACUGCAAACUACUUGGAAUGCUACUGUGGCCUUUGUUGGAGUGUAGGCGUGCACUCCAGUCUUGCGGUCCACGAUGCCAAGGUUAUGUUGUUUGCCUGGUCUACAUUGUCUAGUGAAGCAUUCAUGUCUUAAACAUCGAAUGACCAGCGACAUGGAUUCACUGGAUAUUAUAUUGAGUUUCAGUAGUAGUCUCAUCUAUAUCACAUUAAGCUCAGUUCCUUCACUCUCUCUUGAGUUUCAGUAGCCUGGUGAAUUGGCUCACCUAGAACGUUCGUCAUCGUCUCCCUCCGCAGCUCUAAGACUACUUGUUCGAAGGUGUUCGAAUUCACAUCAUGUCAAACAAUGCAGGUUCGAGCUAUCGCGGUGUUCGGAUGAGGCGCUGGGGAAAGUGGGUGUCGGAGAUCCGGGAGCCGCAGCGAAGCGGUUCGCGAACGAAUCGCAUUUGGCUUGGCUCAUUUCGAUCUGCUGAGGAAGCGGCGCAUGCUUAUGACGCUGCUCUGCUGUGCCUCCGUGGUUCAACCGCGAAUCUCAAUUUUCCGAAUUUCAACUACAGACUUCCGGCUGGAACCCCUGGGCGCUACACCACACGCGAAAUCCAAGCCGCCGCCGCUGCUGCGGCUGCUCAAUCUGCGGGUCGUCCUUUCUCCUACAACAAUUUCAUGUCACCAGAUUCCUCCUCGGAUAGCGAAGACGAGGUCGAAGAUAUCACCUACAACGAGAGCACCAGCAAUACCAAUGACGGAACACCAUCACAGCCGGCUUACAACGACGGGUGGCGCAGCUUUGACGACAAUCCAUACAAUCAAGUCGACGAGAUGGCUCGUGGAUUGAUGAUCCGGCCUCCCAACAACGACUCCGACGACAGUGACGAUGACAAUGACGACGAAGACCCCCCAUUGUGGUAAACAUUCACCCCCGACCAUGGACUUCCGUUACAUGCCUUGGCUCAUGUACUUCUGUGUAGAGAUCUUACCUUCGAUACGACAAUAUAUAGUAUAAGACCUCAGAGAUUUAGUUGUAAAUUACAGAGUCCAAACGGUUAUUGCUCUCUAGAUGGGUCAUAUUUCUCCCUCGUUGUGUUUACACCAUCACACGAUGGUGAUGAACCCGAUUCUGAAUCCCCUACACCUGUAACCCACUAUCCUGACCUCACUCCUUUCCUCGUCUUUAGAAUGAGGAUUGUAAGGUGUUAACCCAUAUCUUGCAAUAAAGUUGGAGCAUUUUACACAA